UGGCUUCCAGGUGGAAUAUCUUGCUGGCUGCCAAUGCAGCAGCUCGCUGGGAACAGCAGAGCACAGAGCAGGGUGAGGCCCUUUCCUUUGCUGUUUGGUGUCCAGGCCGUGCUGCAGGGCAGGGUCCCUGUGCCAGCUGCCCUCAGCCCCUCGUCUGCCCCGGCACAGGGACGCUGCCAGCGCCAUGGCCCGGCCCGGCAGCACCCCAACCACGCGCAGCAGCCGCUGCUGUGUCCCAGCUCAGCUGCCUCAGCAAACUCACACUUCUCUCUUCUUCCUACGGGGUCUCUCCCAGCUCCACUCACCGUCACUGGACCCCCCGGCCCCAUCACCGUGGCCAAGGGCGAGGACGUGGUGCUGCCCUGCCGCUUCUCCCCGGGGCAGAAUGCACAGGACACGGAGGUGACCUGGUUUCGGGAGCAGUUCUUGCCCUUUGUGCAUCGCUACAAGUGGGGCCAGGACCAGUACAGGGAGCAGAUGGUUCAGUACCAAGGGCGCACUGAGCUGGGGAAGGACGGCCUUGCCAAGGGCAGCGCGGACUUGAGGAUCUUCCACAUCCGACUCUCUGACACAGGGAAUUACACCUGCUUUGUUCGUCGUGGCUCAGAUUACGAUGAGGCUCUGGUGGAGCUCAAGGUGACAGCCAGCGGCUCUGCCCCGCUCAUCGCGCUGGAGCGCUACGAGCACGGGGGGAUCCGGGUGGCCUGUCGCUCUGCCGGCUGGUACCCACGGCCCCGGGUGCUGUGGCACGAUCCCCACGGGCGCCAUCUCCCGUCCCUCUCGGAAAACGCUACCCAGGACAAGAACGGGCUCUUUGCAGCUGAGAGCAGCAUCAUCCUCACCAGGGCUGGGACCCAGGAACUCUCCUGCUCGGUGCAGCACCUCCCGCACACACCAGGGCAGGGACCAGCCCUUUACGUCUCAGAUCCCUUUUUCCAAGAUGCCCAUCCUUGGAGGAUUGCCCUGGGCGUGGUCCUGGUUGCUGUGGCUGCUCUCCUUAUUAUCACUGUUUACCUAUUUAAAAUUAAAGGAAAGCAGCAGAAAGAAAUAGGAAAGCAGCAGAAAGAAAUAGGAAAGCAGCAGAAAGAAAUAGGGGAACAAGCCCAGGAACUCGCAUGGAGAAGACACGCAGUGCCUAUAGAAGCAGUGAACGUGGUUCUGGAUCCAGACACAGCCCACUGUGAGCUUGUCCUGUCUGACAAUGGCAAAAGUGUGGCACGAGUUGACACACGACAGGACAUCCCCGACACCCCUGAGAGAUUUAACGUGUGGCGCUGCGUUCUGGGCCGUGAGGGCUUCACCUCGGGGAGACACUACUGGGAGGUGGAGGUGGAGAAUGAAGGAAGAUGGAUUGUGGGGAUUUUUAGAGACGGUGCAGAAAGAAAGGGUGAUAUUGAGUUUAAACCAGAGGAAGGCAUCUGGGCAGUAGGGAAACGACCAGAACUGAAAGCUUUCACCUCCCCUAGUCCCACUGAAUUUCCUGAAAUGAAGCCUCCCAGGCGGAUCCGGGUCUCUCUGGAUUAUGAAAUGGGACUGGUGGCAUUUUUCAGUGUUGAUGAGGGGAUUCCCUUUUUCAUGUUUUCACGGGCAUCAUUUGGAGGGAAAAAAGUUUACCCUUUGGUCUGUCUGGGUUCUGAGACACAUCUGAAAAUGUGGCCCUGAUGAAGAGGAGGCAGUAAGAGAAGGGUCUCCAAGGGUGGAGAUCUCGUUACCUCUCUGCACCUCUCUUCCAUGCUGCAUCUCUCCAAGAUCUUUCUCUGAGGCCAGACAUACUGUUCUGGUCCCAGUGCAGAUGAGUGGGAGAGGCCAUGGCCAAGACCCUGUGUUAUGAGAUCACCCCACAUCAUUUCGAGGUGUGGGGAAAAGGGACUUUCUCUCCUGCUUCUGAGGGUGUUCCUUACACAUGGAGGGUGGAACCAUGGUUUCCUUCUCUCAGGCUCAGUGAGCAUUUGGCAUGGAAAUCACCCUCUCUUUGUACACUUCUCUUAUUCCUAUGGUUGUUGUUCCUGUUGGUUUUAUGAUCUCAUUGCUGUUUCCAGGGAAUUGUUCUUCUCUCCACCCAUGAUCUUUGCCUUUUGUGCUUUCAACCAGAGGUGGGGGCAGGGGGAGUGAGCAGCAUCUGCUUUGGGAGGGUCUGGGUGGGAGCACUUGAUUGGGGAGCACCAUUCCUAAAACACCACACAUGCUUUCACAGCAGAUCCUCCAUUCCAUGGAGAUCCAGCAGGCCUGGACCUUCCCAAGGGAAGGCUUCACCCCAACAGAACUGCCAAGGAGGGAGACUGCAGUGCAGGUGGUGGGUUUGUUGCCUAAACUCAGCUCUUGAAAGAAACCUCCAAGACCAAAUUUGGGAGUUUUAGAAGCCAGGCAUUCUUUUAUUAGGGUGCACUGAAGUGACUCCAGCACGCCGGGUGCCCUGGGAAUCAGUUCCCAAAGUGCACCCAGAGGGAUCCUCACCACAGCUGUGUGAUAGUUUUCACACCAGGCCUUCCUGGAGACCAGCUUGUAACCAGGAAGGAACUAGGAAGGUGACCCAGGAAGUAUUCCAUGCUAUUCCUUCAUGUCACCUGGGGUAUAAAUAAGGCAGAGAUAAGAGGGUUCGCUCUCUUCCUUUGCGGCGAGGUUCGAGGACGGUGGGUGCCUGUCUUGGUCUUGCUCAUGUGGAGCUGAGGCCCACAGUGACUGCUGUUGUCUGCCCCGCGGGAGGGGACAGUGCUGGGCCGCGUCCAGCUGUCCUGCUUCUCUCAAGGGAAGGGGGGAGAUUUUGCCAGUUCUUCAGUUUGCUGGUUACCGGGUUUUUAGAUUGUGUAGACCUGUUUUGAUUCUGUCCCUUUUCAUCCUUUUUUUGUCCUUUUUUCCCUUCUCCCUUCCCCUCUUCCCUUUAGGAAGCUAUUUGGGGUUUCUGGGGUUAUAGGUAUAUAGUAUUUCUCACAGUAUAUAUCUGUUUUAUAUGUAAAAUAUAUCUUUGCUAUA